AGAUUUCUUGGACAAUGCACCAACCUUGUGACUUGCAGUUAAUAUAUGCAAGCCCUUCAGCACAGCCAGUGCUGCUGCUAGGAUGAUUCCCAAUGACUGGAAGAAGUGUCGUAUUGAUCCCAUUGUUUCCCCUUCUCCUAGAUGUUCUCCCCUCUCCACCUCUGGAAGCAGCAGGACAGUCCAGAGGAUUUUGACUGCAUGCCUGGUCUCUCUGUGCACUCUCCUGGGAGCCAUCUCUCUCGAUUUAAGCAGCAGCUUGGAGAUGUGGAGAAACACAGAGCGGGCCCUUCAGGAACUAUCCUCCUGUGAGAGCCUUCUGGCUGUUCACCUGAUAGGCUUCCUCCAGGAAGAAAGACUCAGCUGGCUAAAACCAGCAGCCAAAGGGUGGAACGGUUCCUGGCAUGCUCAGGUACUGGAGAGGCUCAGCUCCCUCUGCAGUGAGACUGAAGAGGCACUGCAUCAUCCGAAUGGCCAAUGCCAGGGUGAGGAAGGCUCUGUCUGUGGGUUCUACCUGGCCCAAGUGAGACAAGGACUGAAUGCCACCUGGGAGGUGGAGCCCAGGCUGGCACUGUCUGGAGUGAUCUCAGAAUUGCUGGAGGUGUUUGACAGCCCCAGUGAGGACCUCAAAGCCAUGAGAUCCAACCCUGACUGGGCCGAUGUGGUGUCCUUUCGACUCCUCCUCAGAAUCAGGGAAGUCCUGCUUCGAGCCCAGGAGAUGCCAGAGGAACCAUCACCUCCGAGCUUCCAAGAAUCCUGGCAUCCCAUGUCCGCCAUUCUGAACUAUGCCAUCUUCACCUCGGAGAACGUGCAGAGCUGCUGGAUGGAGAACAGGAACCUAUCGCUCCAUUUCACCCACUAUGAAGGAAUGUCCCUUUUUAUCCCCUCCUUGGUCUCAUCCCCACUGGUUCCAAGUGCAGCCUUGGCCGAGGAGCUCAAUCAUAUCCAGAGCUGCUUGCUGCAGAGAGGGCAGGACAAGCUCAGUAAGAAAUCCAAGGCAAUCCUCUCCACAAUUAGCCUGAAGAUCAGUCUGCUGCUGAUUGCCUGCCUCAUUUAUCCCAUUGUCCUGGUGUCCUUCAAACGGAUGACAGACUGGAUCCAGAAUUAUGCCAGGAACCUCAAGGAGAGGACAGAAGACUUGAAGAGGGAGAGGAGGCUGGCUGAGGACCUCUUGCACCAGAUGUUGCCAAAAUCUGUGGUCAAGCAGUUGAGGAAACGCCAGCACGUUCAGGCAGAAAACUAUGACCAGGUAACCAUCUUCUUCUCUGACAUUGUGGGCUUCACUGGCAUCGCUGCCUCCUGCACCCCCAUGCAAGUUGUUGAGAUGCUUAAUAACCUCUACAUCUGCUUUGAUACCAGGAUCGAGUCUUACGACGUUUACAAGGUGGAGACCAUUGGUGAUGCCUACAUGGUGGUGAGUGGCCUCCCGGAGAGGAAUGACAAAAGACAUGCUGACGAGAUUGCCAAGAUGGCUCUGGAUCUGGUGGCUGCUGUCCGGCAGGUCCUGAUACCCCACAUGCCAACAGGCCGGCUGCAGAUGCGGGUUGGGAUCCACACAGGACCCUGUGUGGCUGGUGUGGUUGGGUACAAAAUGCCCCGCUACUGCCUCUUUGGGGACACAGUGAACACAGCCUCCCGUAUGGAGUCCACCAGCCUGCCUCAGAAGAUCCACAUCAGCUCUGCUACGUACCAUGCCCUCCUUGCUCAUGAUGCCUAUGAAAUCGAGCUGAGAGGCGAAAUCGAGGUCAAGGGCAAGGGAAAAAUGAAAACCUACUGGCUUCUUGGGAAUAAGAACUACAGCGUCCAAAACGACAGCCUGGUCUGUCACUGGAAUCCAGCAGCUUCCAGGAAAAAGAAGCCGGAAAGCAGCCUGACAUCUGUCCAGCAGUCCAGUACCAGCCCUGUGGGAGCGGCAGUGACUGAACAGAGGUCUGCAUCACCUCAGGGUGAGCUGGGUGCCCACAGCCCCACCACAGGACACUCUGAACCAGCUGGGACUUCUACCAGGGACACAGGCCAGGUGGGGAGGACCAGGUCUGGGCACAGUGACCGGGACAGCAUCAAGACUAAUCUGGCUCUAUCGAGCUCUCCUCCUCCUGGGCACAAGGACCAGGGGAACAGUCCAGACCACAGGGUGCAUCUUGGUGUGCAGGGAGACGAAUUGCUGGGGAAAAAUGGGUGUCUCCCAGGGUACAUAGGUGGGACGUGACAGGGCGGCAUGUACUAUUUGGCAAGGAACUGGAUGCCCCCAGGGCACCCUAACUUGCUGUUGAAGAACCUCAUCUUUGUACCACUAGCAGUAAUUCUGAACAAUGGGGGAAGCCAUUCAGCUUUAGACUAUCAAACUUCAAUAGAGAUAGAGUAUGUGGGUUGUGCCCACAUGUGGAGCAGGUGAAGCCACUGUUGGGAUCCUGUUACUAGCAGGGAAGAGAGGUGUCAGGGGACACAUUUUACCAUGUUACAGUCGAUUUACACCAGUAUAAUUUCCUUCCCAUCUGCAGAGCUAGGCUGGAUUCACCCCAGAGCAGCAGAAUGGAACGUAGCCCCGGACACUUGGAUAACAAGGGUGCCCAGAUAAGAGAGGGGGCAGGUAAAGAGGGGAGGCCCACUGUUCCCAGAUCUCUGAGUCUCUCUAGACCAUGUGCAUGUGCUACAACAGGAAGCCCGGGUGGUGGGACCCACCCACAGCAUUUGGAGCCUGCAGGUUGAAACUGCAGCAAAGCCCAUGGAGAUUACACCUCAGCCCGACUGCCAGAAUGGUGGGACAGUAAAGUGAGCUGCCCAGAGACUCCCCUACCCUGGAGGGCUUCAAGAGGAGGCUGGCAGGGCAUCUGUCUGGGAUAGCACAGGAAUAACACAUGCAGCUUUUGCGCAGAGACUGGGCUAGGUGACCCAUGAGGCCCUGUCCACCCCUCUCCAGCAGAAGUGACCACCCCACUCUACCUCCACCUGCCAGGUCACUGGUGGGCAUCUGAGCUGUAAUGUGUGGCUGCAGCUCAGCUCAGGGCCCGGGGCUGGAGGCUGGCAUGACUGUUUAGCUUGCUUCUUUUCCACUGGCUGGUGGCAGCUGAUGAACACUGCAUGCACCUCUCACCAGGGCUCAUUUGGAGACCCCCAUGGCAGCAAUGACCUGGGCCCCCAUCAGGUGUCAUCCGUUCAGGAUUCAUGGAAGGGAGGCAGGAUGUGAAGUCAGGGUUCCUGUGUGUGCCCUGGGCUCAAGUCAAGCUGCAGGAGUUCUUUAUCUUUUUGUUGCAAUAAAUGUUGCUCCACACUCCUCUUGCUAAUGUGGUCUGUGGUGUCUCUUGGCACAGCCACCCCGUCACACCCUCACCAAGCUGAUAAUAAGGCUGUUAGCAGGAGGGCUGGGGUUGAGGUGCUCUCUUUGCUGCUCAGAGCUGACUGCAGACCCUCCCCAUCA